AACAUCAUAUUACGUCCGAACUCCGAGGUCCGAACACUAAAAGAUAAUAAUGAUUUCAACGCUUUUAUGAUAGCCACUAUUUUUUUUUACAUUAAUAUUUUUAUUUAUUUAUUUUUACACAUGUUCUUGUAUUUUAAAUGGAAAAAGAUAAUUCCAAAGAAGUCAUUGAGUCCACGACCACGAGUCUUCUCAAUGAAUCAGUUCAUCUGGACAAGGCAAUCGAAAUGGUCGGUUUUGGAUAUUUUCAUUAUUAUAUACUAUUCAUUUGUGGAUCACUUUACAUAGCAGUUGCCUUUAGCGUAACGUCAAUAUCAUUUAUUAUACCAUCAGCUCAAUGUGAUUUUCACAUGACUUCUUCUCAUAAAGGCUUUCUAAAUGGAGCAAUGAUGAUAGGAAUGUUAAUAGGAUCCUUUAUUUGGGGUUAUGUGGCAGACUCUAAAGGCCGAAGAUUUACUUUGAUAAUUUGUAUGUUAAUGGAUGGUCUUUUUAACAUAUUAUCUAGCGUGUCGCAGAUAUAUUCAAUAUUUUUAAUCUGUAGACUUUUAAGUGGAUUUGGAGUAUCCGGUUCAACAGCACUCUUUUCAUAUCUUGUAGAAUUUCUGAAUAUCAAAUACCGAGAAAAAUUUUUAUCUUGGAUGGAAAUGUUCUGGACAAGUGGCAUGAUAUUACUUCCGUGUGUAGCAUGGAUAAUUAUACCACAGACAUUUAGAAUCGAAAACGAAUACAUUUUGUUCAAAUCGUGGAAUUUGUUUGUAAUUAUGUGUUCACUUCCCAGUAUAACAUUAGCAUUUUUAUUAAUGAAAAUGCCGGAAAGUCCUAAGUUUUUACUUUCUCAGGGUAAACAUAAAGAAACAAUUAAUUGCUUGAAAUUUGUUCACAGAUGGAAUAGUAACUCGGGUGAUAAAUUUCCUGUGUCCUCGAUAAUAAUGCCAAGUUCUAAUAACAAAUUAAAUAAUGGUUUCUUUGAUGGACUUUAUAAGAGUACAAUAGAUUUGUUUACAUCAAAAUUCAAAAUUAUAGCUAUAGUUACAUGCAUAAUACACUUUUGCGCUACUACCAGUUACUAUAUGCUAAUACUAUGGUUCCCAGAAUUGAUGAAUAGAUUUCGUUGGUAUGAAACAUAUUCAGAUUUCCAAAAUAAAACAUCUAUGUGCGAAAUUGUAUCCAUGUACAAAGUUGGACCAGAAGUUAAUGAUUUAAAGUGUGAUGAUCACAUUGACCAAUCGGUCUACAUGAACAUCAUGAUCAUUGGCAUUGCUUGCAUACCUACGAGCCUCGUUGUUCCACUAUUUAUCAAUAAACUUGGACUCAGAUUUUUUACAGUUGUAAGCUUCUUUGGAUCCAGUAUUUCUGCAGCAUGGUUAUAUUUUAUUACUUCUUCAAUGGAGAAUAUGGUGUUAUCUUCAAUAUUUGAAGCUUUUUCUAGUAUUGGUAUUAGCUUAACAUAUUGUAUUACUGUUGAAUUAUUUCCAACAGAAUACAGGGGCAUGGCUGCAUCUAUAGGAACUAUGUUUGGUAAAAUAGGUGCACUUUUGGGCAAUAUUCUUAUUGGAAUUUUUAUUGAUGCCCAUUGUAUAGUUCCAAUAUUUGUCUCAAGCUCAUUUUUAAUAAUUUCAGCUCUCUUAGUAAUUACAUUACCAAAAACCGGAAGAAUCAACGUUAUAAUAACUGAUGGAGUGCUUUAGAAAUAGUUGUAUCCUUAGAUAGUGCUUAGUAUAGAACUUAUAUAUAUAUAUUAUAUAUAUAAAUAAAACUUAAUAUCUGUAAACACAAAACAUCAAUAUUUAAUUUUAGAUUCUAAACAUAUCCAUCAUUAUAGUUUAUUUUUGUACUUUUUAAAUAUAAAAUCUGUGUAGAACAGAAUAAUACAACGUGUUGUAAAAUUUUAUUUAUUAUAUUAACAUUAUUUUAUAUUAUAAUAAAUUACCUAAAGAUAAUUUUAUUCAAUAUAAAAUAUUAUAAUGCGUAUUUUUCUGCAAGGAAUAAUAUGUAUUUUCAUACCAAUUAGUUUAUAACAAAUUUCAUUGAAUGUACAUAAGUCCAGUGAUUUUUUGUGGUGGUGGGCGUGGCUGUGUGGGUUUAUAUAAUUAAGAGAUUUAUUUCUAUUUUUUUUUUAUUAAUAUGAAUUUAAGUAUCCUAAUAGAAAUUAUUAAUUAUUAUUUAUUAGUUAUUACUUAUGUUGGUAAAGUAUAAAAAUGUUCAAUUUUUUUUGGUAACAAAGCACUAUGACUAUGCACUAUGAAGCAUUGUAGGCUGCGGCAAAGAAUUCCUAAUGUUCCUGUACAAGUUUUAAUUUUAUUAUGGUGGGGAAGAGAUAUUUUUUCAUCCCUAAAUCAUUUUAACAAUCCUACUUCUACAAAUUCUUCAUACACAAUAUUACAAUACUCAUUAUCUUAUAGGCAUAUCAAUAAUUAAAAUGUUAGUGUCUUAGGGAUAUAAAUAUAUAAUAUUAUAAAAAAUAUUGAGUCUUAACACUCUUAACAGAUUAACGUAAAAGUAUAUCUAUUAGGUAUAGGUACCAAAAUAUAUUAAAAUAUUUAUGUUGAUAAGAAUAUAUUGUUAAAAUUUAUAAUUAUAAAAAUUAUAAUAUAAAGUAAUUUUGUUGUUAUA